AUGGUGUGUGGAACCAGUGACAGUGUUGUUAAUGCUGUUUUGAACUCUAAAGAACUCCGGUCCCGAGUGGUCAAAAAAGUUGAAAAACAAGUUCAGGAGGAAUGCUGUGGCUUGUGUAGUAGAAAGACACCUUCUAUACUAACCAAGACAUCACUUGAAAGCAUAAUAAGCUUAAAGGAUCAAGAUAUUGUGAAUGAGCUACAGGAGAAAGCACCCACAUUUUACAGUUGCCUGCUUGCUGCAUCCUCAAGUCAAAGGGGUGACCCAAACAAAAAUAAACAAAGAACAACUCCUUCAAUUAGCAUGGCAAGUUCCAUUUUGCUGAAGUGCCGUAAUCCUUCAAUGACUGCUAAUGCUUAUCGUUUAUCUGUUUUGUUGUGGCAUGGAGGAGCUCAAAAACAGAUAUAUAUAUUAUUCCCUUUAAAGUGUCAUGUAGUGCAUCCAAAAUGACUUAUAGACAGUUUUAUAGGUUAUAUCUAUUUUAACUUGUUGGGCACAAACAUUCAUUAUUAUUAAUGUUCAUGAAUUCAGUUCCAUAAUAAUUUUAUCAUUUGUAUUAUGAAUUGUUCGAUGUGGCUUAAAUAGACCAUGAAAAAAAAAAAAAAAUUAAUUUCAGACACUUCCAUUUAUCUUACAAAAAGUAAAUAUUUCUGCUUGUAGUUUUACAAGAGGUGCAGUCGUUGGGGGAAUUUGUAUGAGCCAUUGGCGGAUUUUAAAAAAGAUUGAUGAGUUUGGCCAAGACUUUGAUAAGUUGGUGUGUUAGUGGAAAAGCAACCUUGGGCACAGCUGCAAGAAGGAAAAAGUAUUGUCAACCUUAACUGAAGUAGUUGAAGAGGCAGAAAUGGAAAUAAUACCCGGGGCAUGGCAACUAUCAAUGUAGCAGACAUUGGCCUAAUCUUUCAUUCAGUUUUGUCAAAUAGUCAUGGUGAUGACGUCGAACUGCAGGGUGCUGACGUGGAGGAUGGUGCAUCACUUAAAGUCAGAGAGGUUAAAGAAAGAGUGCGAUUAAAAAUAGGUAACAAUUUUGACAAGCAAGUUUUUGAUUCUCUUGUGGAUGAAAUAGUGAAAACGAACAUGCCUUUAUGUCUAAAAGCAUUGAAGGAGUUGGAGGAAAAGGUGUUACUUCAACAUCCCCCAACAUUCCAAAUUACAGGUGAUAACUUGGAUCUUAUGGUGAAAGUGAAACACAUGUCAGUAUCCAAUCAAAACAAUAGCAUCCACUGGGUUAACUUAAAUGCAGUGAAAAAUCGUGUGUUGGCAAACCAUCUAUCCAAUGACAAUCCUGUCAAGUCUGUUCUAGAAUUGGAGAAGGUGGAAUUUUUGCCAUCGCCUGAAGACAACGAAGCAUAUCUCCAGAACAUAACUGCCUUAGCAACACGUGUAGUUGUAAGGAAUAUCCCCGCAUUCUCACAAUUUAAAGACAUUGUUGUAAAGCAUAUUCUUCAUGAGUAUUCUGAUGUGAUGAAAGAAAAAUCAGAUCAAGUAAGUAUUCAUUUAAUAUUUUCUUCAUAUUGAGGCUGAUUAUACAGUAUGUGAAGUGUUAGUUAAUAACAAUUUAUCAUUGUACCAGCUUUUAAGGUCUGAUGUGAUGAAAGGAAAAUCAGAUCAAGUAAGUAUUCAUUUAAUAUUUUCUUCAUAUUAAGGCUGAUUAUACAGUAUGUGAAGUGUUAGUUAAUAAAAAUUUAUCAUUGUACCAGCUUUUAAGGUUUUCAAGCAUACAAUUUAUGGUCAUGGUGCCUAUUUAAACCUUGGGGGAUGGACUAAGAAAAUAAAUAAGGCCUCCGAUUUGUAAAUAUUCAACUUCGAAUAAGGGACUAUGCUAGAUUACUAAAAUACUGUGAAUUCUAUAAACAAAAAAGCUAUUACAUUAUUGCAUAAAACUGUCUUACAACUUAUGAAAAACGGCCAUAGACUAAUAGAAAGAGGCUGUGAGUGAGUGGUCUAUCAGCACCCUGCUGGCCCCCACCAUCUUACUGUUGCUCCUUGCCAAACAGAAUACAUAACCUAAUUUCAGAAAAGAUUUACAAAUUGCCCCCUUCAAUUUUCUUAGCUGGAGCACAACCUUGCUAUUCAACUCAUGCUGGAUGUUAAUAUUUUUUUUAUUGAUAGAAAGAGAAUAAUGAAAUCUCAUCUUCAUUUCCAGUUUACUGCAGCUACCACUUGAACUUCUUUUCAAAAAUGAAAAUGUGAAUGAAGAGAUAAUUGACAUCCUUCAAGAGCUGCAUGACAAGUACCUACCUGUCGACAAGCAGACAGUUGAAGCAGAAGAGGUUGUAUCCAUUCUGGAGCACCUAUUUAUUGGAGGACAACUGACUGAUGAAAGGGCCAACAACUGUAAGGCUGCACGCAGUGAUGGCGAUACCGAAUUUGAACGUCUUGAGGGCUUUAUCAGCAAAGUUUAA